AAAAUAAAAUAAAUGGAGAAAUUUUAGUAGUAAGAAGGAGAAGGAAGGUCGUCGAGCAAUAACGUGGAAAGCAAAGUGUGACCUAACACACAAUCUCUACUUGAUUAUGACGGCGCCGCCGCCGCCUCCAUCCACGGGGAGAGAGCUCUCGAGCCCUCCCACGGACGGCAUUUCCAACCUCCGUUUCUCCAACCAUAGUGACCACCUCCUCGUUUCCUCCUGGGACAAGAGUGUUCGACUGUACGACGCGAGCGCCAAUGCGCUUAGGGGAGAGUUUAUGCACGGAGGUCCGGUGCUGGAUUGUUGCUUUCAUGAUGAUUCUUCAGGCUUUAGUGCUUGUGCUGACCACACUGUCAGAAGGCUAGUGUUCAACUACAAUAGGGAAGAUGUUUUGGGGAGACAUGAUGCACCUGUUCGUUGUGUUGAAUACUCAUAUGGAACGGGUCAAGUCAUUACUGGUAGUUGGGACAAAACCUUAAAGUGUUGGGACCCCAGAGGUGCAAGUGGUCAGGAACGCUCUCUUGUUGGAACAUAUUCUCAACCUGAGCGUGUGUAUUCUUUGUCUCUUGUUGGCAAUCGUUUGGUCGUUGCUACUGCUGGAAGACAUGUAAAUGUGUAUGAUCUUCGGAACAUGUCUCAACCUGAACAACGGAGGGAAUCUUCUCUGAAAUACCAAACAAGAUGUGUUCGAUGUUAUCCUAAUGGGACAGGUUAUGCUCUUAGUUCUGUUGAAGGACGUGUCGCAAUGGAGUUUUUUGAUCUCUCCGAGGCUGGUCAAUCGAAAAAGUAUGCAUUUAAAUGUCAUCGAAAAUCAGAAGCAGGAAGAGAUAUUGUGUACCCGGUGAAUGCCAUUGCAUUUCACCCUAUAUAUGGUACUUUUGCCACUGGAGGUUGUGAUGGUUAUGUUAACGUAUGGGAUGGAAACAACAAGAAGAGGUUGUAUCAGUAUACCAAGUACCCAACAAGCAUAGCAGCUUUGUCGUUUAGCAGAGAUGGUAGAUUAUUGGCAGUCGCAUCAAGUUAUACAUAUGAAGAGGGAGAUAAAGACCAUGAGCCAGAUGCCAUAUUUGUGCGUAGUGUAAAUGAAGUAGAAGUCAAGCCAAAGCCAAAAGCGCUGCCCAAUCCUGCUACAUGAACAUUGCAAAUUUCCAGAUCGUUUUGUAAUAUUUCUGAACUAUAGAUUGGUUGUUAUCAAAAUCAUUUUUCUCGUUGAUUGCUCUGAUUCUUGAUGGGGGAUGGACUUGAGACUUUGUAAUAUGCUUAGAAGUUAGAAAUAGAAUAUUAUUACAAUUUACACAUAAUGAUAGGUGAAAUAGACAGUAACCGUUGCCGA